AGUGGAGAGAGGGAAUCUCCUUCAAAAUGCAUAUUAAAAAGAUCGUCAUUGAGAAUUUCAAAUGCUACAAGGGCCGGCAUGUUUUCGAUGGAUUCCAUCGAGGACAUAAUGCUAUAGUCGGUUUCAACGGUUCGGGUAAGAGUAGUCUCCUGGAGACGAUCAGCUUCGUGCUGAGUAAUCGGUACUAUCCGAUUACUAUGAGCCAGAGGACUUCAGUGAUCAACGAUAAUCCAGAAAAUGUCACGCGUUCAGCCUCAGUGGAGAUAAUUCUCUCCAACGAGGACAACGUGCUCCCAGUGGAUGCCCCAUUGGUUCGAAUUCGCAGGGAGAUCUCCCGAGAGUUCAAUCGUAUUCUCAUCAACAACGAGAGCUUUUCUCCUCCUGAAUUCUUUCAGCUUUUCUCUGCUCUCGUCCCCAAGGAGAAUCCCUACUACAUCGUAUGCCAGGACGAAGUGACUCAGUUGGCGACCGGUCCUGACUCUCUCAGGUUCCAGGUGAUCUCCACAGCAAUUGGAGUCCACGAGUUCGACGAGGGUCUCGCCGAGCUCCUCUCUGAGAUCUCCAAAAAAAGUGAAUUCCUAGCGCGAAAGACAAACGAGAUGGAAGACCUCAAGAAAAUGCUCACGGAUUUGACAAGAAAAUACAACACCUUCCACAAGAUAAACAAGACAAAGCGGUACCUGGAGCACCAGCUCUGCCAGUUGAGCAUCCGCAAGAUGAAAUCAGAGCUCUCAAAGAUGGAGGAACCUUAUGAAAAAGAGCUCCUGAAGGCUGAGACCCUGAAGACAACCCUGGAGGGAGUGACCGCCGAGUGGCAGGCCCUAAAAAACGAAGCGCGAUCGAUCCAGGAUGAGAUAGACCUCCAGAAGAAGCUCGAGAAAAAAUUUACAACCGAAGACAUCGGUCUCACCCAGAGCCUCCACUCCCUGAACCGCGAGGAAAUUCAAAUCCAGGAGAAACUCCAAGGGCUGGAGUCCGGAGAGCUCGAGAGUUUCGAUAAAAAACACGAGAAUCUCCUCACCAGGAUAUCAGAACUCGAGGAGAACUCCAGGGAUAUCGAGAAAGACCUCCUGGCAGCAAGAGAGACAGAGGAGAAAUCCUCUCGAGAGACAGAACGCCAUGAGUACCAGCUGCUGGGACUCUUCAGGAAGAAGACAAUCCUGGAGAAAUUAAGGGAUGGCGAUCACGACAUGAGUGAGAUUCUCCCAAGAGGUUCACAGCUGGAGAGAACUAUUCGAGAGGAAGAGGAGCAGGUGCACCAGGAGGAGAUCCAAGUGAACAAAACGUUCGCCAAGAAGACGAGCGUUGAAAAAAACCUUGGGGAUUUGAGGAAUAAAUUGAACGAGAAGAAGUUACAGCUUCGAGAUGAUAAAAAGAGGAAGGAAGAGCUCCUGAAGGCUAGGGAGGACCUCCUGGGUGUGAGGAAGGAGCAGCAGAGAGAGGCAGCUAAGAUGCGCGAUGAAAUAGAAGCCCUGACGAGUAGAAUUGACACGAUAAAAAGAAAACUGCGGUCAGUGGUACGAGGGGAUGUCCUCGAAGGGAUUGAAUCGGUCAGGAAAGUCCUGAAUGCUUGGAGAGAGAGAGAUGACAGGCUUGAUCUUAUCAAUGGGGUCAUGGGAAUUCUCCUGGAGGGAUUCACCUGCACAGAACCUGCGGUGGCAUUUGCUGCUGAGGUCAGAGCUGGGGAGCGUAUGUUCCAUCAUGUCGUGAGGAACAGGAAGGUCAUCUCCGAGGUUCUGAACGAAAUAACUGAGAGAAAGCUUGGAGGAAUCGUUUGCUUCAUACCCCUGGAGGAUGUGGAGCAGAGGAACUUCAGGUAUCCUGAGAAUUUAUCCUGUAAGUCGAUGAUUUCAUUUCUGGAACCGAGGGAGGAAUUUCAGAAAGCUGUGGAUUUUGUUUUUGGUAGUUCUGUUAUCGUCAAGAAUUUGGAAGUGGGUGUCGCUGUUGGCAGGGAGUAUGGCCUCCAGGCGAUUACUCUUGAUGGACAGCAGGUCCUGGGGAAGGGGAAAUUCAAGGGUGGAUAUAGGAACAGGAAUUUCUCCAGGGUGGAACUUUAUAGAGAGUACAGCAGUGCUAGGGAGAAACUUGAUGAUCUCACGAGGGAAUACAGGCAUCAGAUGUAUUCUGUCCAGAGGAUCGAGGAGGAGCUCGUCCCUGUGAUGAAUCAACUCCAGGAGAUCAAUGUGAAGAUCCAGGCCUCUGGUCAGAAUAUCACGGAGCUCCAGGUUCACGUAGCAGAGGCUUCUAUCUCUCUGGAGUCCAUUGAAAAAUCUUAUUUCCCCUUGAAGAGGAUUUUGGAUGACUCCAGGAUGAGACUUGACGAAUCCAGAGGCACACGAGUUGAGAUGGAACACCUGCAGGAAAUGCCGAUUGAAGAGGUCGAGGAAGAGAUCCAGAGACUCCAGGGGGAGUCCUCAGAGCUGGAAAAGCAGAAAAGACAGGCGACUGAAUUGAUUCCUCACCUGGAGGGGAGACUGAGAGGAACUAGGGAGCAUUUAUCUCAUCUUCAGGAGGACAGAGAGAAGCUCGAGGAGUCGACGAUGGAAUAUUCAACAGAAUUCCUCCAGGAACGUCUCGUUCUUGUCAGACAGGACCAGAAGAAGUGCAAGGAAAAUCUGAAGGAAGUGAGCAAGGAGCUCCAGGAGAUUCGUUCCAAGAUUAUUGAAUUCUCGGAGCAGCUGCCUCCCUUGGAGAGAAAUCUGAUAAAACUGAGUAUGAAGAGGGACAGCGCCCUGAUGACCUGGGAAGCCGCCAAGGAGGACGUGGAGACGAUGCAGUCCCAGGUGAAUUCUCUGGAGGAGAAAGUGAAGGAGUGGGAGGAGAGGGCAGGCAACCUCGGGCCCAUUCCCAGGAUUCCGAAUUCCAGGAUCUUUGAUAAUCUGGGGGAAAAAUCCCUGGAGAAGAGGAUGAAGGAUCUGAGAAAGGAGGAGGAUCGACUGGGGCCUGUGAAUCCUAAUGUCAAGGUCAGAAUGCAGGAGCUGGAGGAGGAGUUGAGAUUUCUGGAGACUCUGAUGGAGACGGAGGAGGAGAGGAAGGCCAAUUACCAGGAGAAGAUGAUGAUAAUUAAUCAGAAGAGAUUCGAGGCGUUGAGGGUGGGAUUUCAAAGGAUUAAUGAAUACUUUGAGGAGAUAUUCGGAGAAAUUGUGAGGAAUGGAAGGGCUAGACUUUAUCCGGUGGAUAAGCGGGGGAGGGAGCUCGAUGAGUUGCGGUGGAGGAGGGUCCAGGGGGUCAGGAUAAAGGCGACUUUUGUUGGAGGACAGCAGAUGGAUAAGAUGAAUCAAUUCUCUGGGGGGCAGAAGACUGUUAUGGCUGUUGCUCUCAUUUUUGCAAUUCACAGAUUCAAGCCUGCACCAUUUUAUCUGCUUGAUGAAAUUGAUAAAGCACUGGAUCAAAGCUUCAGGGCCUCUGUUGCUGAACUUAUCCACAGGAUGAGUGCUACAGCACAGUUUAUGACGAUUUCUUUCAGCGGUGAGUUGUUAAUGCAGGCUGACACUUAUUUCAGAGUCACUUCUCGUCGUGAUUCCUCGCAUGUUGAGGGCUGCAGCAGGGAAGAAGCUGUGGAGAUCGUCAGGAGAGACUCCGAAGAAGAAUAAUAUCAUUUUUUCAUUCACAUUAAAUUUACUUAUUGUUUGGUUUUAUAUUGAAGACGUGAAAUUGUUGAUAAUUAUUAUUUUCGUUUGUCUUUUUAAUUAGAUUCAUUUUUGUUUGUAAAAUAGAAUAUAUCACUGUAAAAUCAUUCGUUUAUUUUGACUGUAUCUUACAAAAAGCUGAAAGCGAUAUGAAAUAAAACGACUUCAGACAAGAUCAUCGAGAAUUUUCUGGAUGACAAGAUUAAUUGAUUAUGAAUGACCUAUGAGGAUGUACUACUUGUCCUUGCGUUGACUCGUCAGACUGUCAUGGAGAUUAGCAACAGCUGUUUCCACCAGCUCAGGGAUGA